CGAAAGCCCUCGACUUUUUUCUCCGCGGCUUGGGAAUCAGCACAAAAAUUCUGUACAACCCCUGAAGAACAAUUCUAUACAACAUCGCCACCAUCUAUACAACCACUGCAUGAAGAUGAAUAAAACUUCGUUACAAAGGAAAGAAGAAAUAGAAGAAGAUAGCCUUGCAUUUAAUUAGAGACGCUACACCCCGCGAGAGGGUACAUCAGUCAAUCACCUAACUUAUAACCCCAAGACAACGAUACACUAGAUUAUUAUGGUUUCCUCAUCAUGCUCAACUGGGAAUUUGGUUUCAACAGUAUUGGAAUCAAAGACUUCCUGAAUUAGUACCAUACUAUUUCUAUUUUUUUCUGAGAUUCUACUCAGUGGCAUUCACCCAGUCCUCGCCGUUGGUUCUCUGAUCGAUGAUUUUUUGGUUUUUCAUGUGACAACGCAGAGCCGCUUUGACUACGAACUGAAAGACAAAAUGAUCUUUACCCUCGCACAUUUGAAGCAACUAUUCACUGUUAGCCAUGAAAGUACCCACUCCGGCUCACACGUGUGGGAGGAGUUGAGUAUCAUCAGAUAUCUAAAGUACAAGAGAAGAACUAUUAAUCUGAGCCUCGAACCGGAACCAGAACCGGAGGACUAAUAUUCUUUUUACACUGUGCGCAAAGAUCCAAACUUUCGGUGCUCUGUUUACUAGUCUACUUGUUCAGCUCAUCUAAACUCUUGUGUGCAGUCUGUAAAGUGGAGUUUUAAGCCUAUAUGCAAAACGGCUUGCUGGUCGUACUGUAUUAAUAUGAACAUGGAGAAAACAUGAAGAGAAGUGCAAAAAAGGACACAUAUAAUUAAACAGUAAAAUGCAUACCCGUCUUUUGGACUGGGUAUAUCAUCAUCAUCAUAUUCUUUACACGUGGUUCGCAGAGAUUCAGACUUUCGGUGCUCUGUUUACGAGUUUACUUCAGCUCAUCUAAACUCUUGUGUGCAGUCUGUAAAGUCGUGGAGUUUAGUUUUAGAGUCUAUAUGCAAAACGGCUUGCUGGUCGUACUGUAUUACACACUGUCUACGCAGCAGAAAAAUAAAGAUAAGUUGUAACCCGUCUUGACUAUGUUCUUGCUACACAAUAUUCAACGACCUGAUGUCUAAAUCAGUGCCUUUCUUGAAUGUCUAAAUCAGGGCCGGUGGUAUACUGUUAGACGUUCCGAUAAAUUCCUUUUUUUUACGGAGGAAGUG